GUAAACGGAGGUUCCCCAGCAGAAAGAGCAGGUCUUGUGGCAGGCGAUUCAGUAAUUAAGAUAAAUAACGUAGACGUCUUCAAUUUAAGGCACAAGGAUGCCCAGGAUGUAGUAGUUAGAGCUGGACAUGGUUUCGAAAUGACCAUACAACGAGGUGGAUCUACUUGGAAGCCUUCAGUUAUCCCUACGGGUUCAAUAUAUUCACCCACGACCAAUGUUAACAAUGUCAGUCCAGUAACUAGGACCUCUUUGUCGGCGAAACAAUCUGAUAAUAUCGGAAGCAUCGGCACAGGACAUAAUUUAUCAGCAAAACCUUUUAAUCCUCAGGUUAAUGGUGCAGUAAACGGAGGAUCAAAAUUAGUCAAUAAACAGUACAAUACCCCCUUAAAAUUAUAUUCCGAAGAAAGUAUAGCAGAAACUCUCUCAGCUCAGACAGAAGUUCUUUCGACAGGAGCUUUAGGUGUAAAUUUCAAGAAAAACGAAAGAAACUACGACUCGUCUAACAGUGAAGUUCUGAGAGCAUUGAAAGAAGCUGAAAGCGAUCCAAAUUAUCACGAUCAAGUUAUUCGCCCCGAUUACUAUUCGACACAUAGCCACGCGAUCGGCGGUCGAAAGUCGACGACUCCGAAACCGAACUUAACCGAACAGACCCGAUCGAUCGCUGUCGACACAUCCGAACAGGGUGUAACCCCUAAGCCUACGCCAGAGGGCGCUACGAUUUGCACUGAUUGCGAAUGCGUCAUAGUUGGUGUAUUCGUAAGGAUAAAGGACAAAAAUUUACACGUAGAGUGUUUUAAAUGUUCAACGUGUGGUACAUCAUUGAAGAACGUUGGAUACUAUAACAUCGGCAACAAACUAUACUGCGAUAUCCAUGCUAAGGCAGCUGCUCUUAAGCACCAAGCUAAUCCAAAUUUGGUACCAGUAACUGUUCCUCCAGGAGGCAAAGCACCGGUUCAUGCAAUCUCAUCAGCCCUUUCAAGCCAUUCUUAUCCAACUUCAUCUCCACUAUCACCCAAAUCGAACUUUGGUGGUACACCAUAUCAGUCAUCGAGCUUUUCUGGUCCCAAACCAUUCUCAAAUGUGAGUGCUCCACUUUCUUCGCACAACACAUUACCAAGAGCAGCUCCGUUGUCUCCGGUAGCACCAGCGCAAUCUUUUAACCAUUCUUAUACUCCUUCUGCGUACAGCCCAUCAUCAGUCCAGGUUGCUGAAAAUAUUAUUUGGCCUCCUCCUCAAUUUGAACCCGAAGUUCCAACCGCUUGUCCGUUGUUUUAUCCCCCACCGUCCCAAAUAGAACAGAAGAUAAUCAGCAAACGGAAAGAAAAAGAAGAACAGCAUACAGAAGACGAAGAGGACUGUUUGGAAAUAAAAGAAAUCAAUGGUAUGUCUCGCUUUUUACCAAAUCCUUCAUGGGAAUUCUCUAGUGGAAGGAGAAGUGCCGAACAAGUAAAAGGCAGUUUGUCAGAAACAAUCGAUAAUCAAAUAUUAGUAGAAAAUAUUGUUAAAACUAGAAUACCCCCACCUGUACCUCCUAUCGAGAGAGAUAUUUCAAUAUACCAAAACCUUGAACAAAGGCCUACAAUUCCAGAUACAGAAAAAUCUUGCCCAUUUUCAAUACCAGAUGAUAUAUGCUGCAAAAGAAAAAAUAGUUGUGACUUAAACAAAUCGUCAGGACAAAAUUCAUCAAACGUAGCGGUAAGUCCAAAUUUACCAGUUCCUCGAAAGUGGGAAUCACCUCUUACACAGGCUAUUAGAACCACUUCUCCCGAUAAAGAUACUUUUGCUUGCAUUCCUACAAAACACUCAUCGAGCGCCAUGGCGACAGCAUUAUCUGUAGCACCUUUAGAACCUUUUAAACCGGCUUCAACAAACGAAGAACCCGUUCCUCUACCAGAGGAAACCGAGCCAUAUUUCCCACCAGAAAGACCUGUUUUAGCAGAAAAAAAUACCAAUACUCCGGUACCACCUAUUAGAAAGAAGUAUGGGCCUUCUGAUAAACUACUUGAAGAUCUUCCUAAGCCUGAGGGAAAAUUAUGUAUGUUGGAUGCACUUACAACUGCUUCUGAAAGACCAUAUUCUCCAUUUAUUGAACCUCUUCCUCAAGAAGAGAAAGUGGAAAAAAAUAAGAAAUAUAAUUUUUAUAAUCCUCUAAAACCUGAUGUAUUGCCAGCAUCUUUUGAUACACAUAAAAAAGCAGCUGUACCGCCAGGUUACUAUCCUCCUUCAGUUCUCUACGAAAGAACCGAAGAAAGUAAAAGUGAAGAAAAGUUGGAAGAAAGUAGUAUGACACAUACUAAAACUGUAGAAAGACAAACAGUACAAAAUCCUGAAAUUCAAGUAAUUUUAGAUCAAAACCAAAACCAAGCGGCACAGCAGUUAGCUCCACUAUUUCAUGGCUUUUCUUGUUCAUUUCAAAACAAAGGGGAUAUUUCGCAAUUUUCUGUUGACGUUAGAACUACACCUCCUAUAAUGUCUCCACCACCUGUUAUCCCAACAGUUAAAAGUAUUGAAAAACCAGGAUAUAUUCAAACAGAAAUUAUAACAGAAGCUAAAAGUGAGAAGCAACAAACCAAAAGAAAAGAGGAAGAAAAGAAAACAGUUCAAAAAAAAGAACAAGUUACAUUAAAACCGGCAGUAAAACAAGCAGAGACAGUGGUUCCAAUCAAAGCAGUGCCCCAAGUAUCUUUACACAAACCAACGCAAUUACCUCAGUACCAGGUUGAACUAUCAGCUGAAGCAGAAUCAGAGUUAAUUUUAUUCGAGAAAAAAAGGCAAGCUGAAUUAAGAAUAGAACAACAAAGGCAAGAAAAUAAAGUGCAUGCUUCUCAUAUUACUCAGCAUACUCCUUCUUAUGAAAAAGUUAAACUUCCUGCUAUUAAAGUGGAAGUAGAAGAUGAUAGGACAUUCAAACCUGUAUCAGAAGAACGUCCACCAAGUCAUUCUUUCUCUCCAAGGCCAGGUUCUAGCACACCUAGUAGAAUUGGUAAUAAACCUCCUCCAAUAUUGCCCUACUAUCAAGCUAAUCUAGUUCCGCAAUAUAUGUCAGCCACUCACAGCAACGUAUUUGAUCCUAAAAGUCCUGCUGUAUCAAGAUCGCCAAGUCCUUGCCCAGAACGUAGUACUUCACCUGGAGUAAAAAGUAAUGUUAGAUCUGUUUCUCCAGCUCCCGGGCCACCAGAGAAUCCUCUAAAAUCUUCUAAACCUUUACCGAAUCCUGAAAGCAUUAGAGUUGAUCAAGCUCGAGAAAGUUUAAAAGGUUACUUACCAGAUUAUAAGACACAGAGAGAUUAUAUUGAAGAAAUUCAAGGAAUGGAUUUCCAAAAUAGGGCUUCAGAUGAAAAUUCACAGAUCUACACGUCUGUAGUUCAAACCCAGAACUACCCAACCUAUCCGAUACAAGAACAAACAAUUGCUUUACAGCGAUCCGAUUUCUUGGAAGCUCAAAGAUCUGAAAAGAGUAUUGCGCACCAAGGUGAUACCUAUAUAUCAACAUCCAGGGAAGAACAAAUGAAGCAAGCUCACUUAGAACAACUUAAAAAGUCUCAAAGUCACUCAAUAGAACAAUCAGCAGAUGGUUUAAAACAGAUACAAAGGAAGAGGACGGUUACUGAAGAAUAUGAACGAACUCAAAAGGAAGUUAAUAUUCAAAUUGAAAAAAAUGUGAGCAGCACUAGGAAAUACCCAUUUUCUGGUAGCGUAAAUGCACCUUCUGUAGAAGUUUCAAAUGUUAGGGGACAUAUGACAGAUCCCCAAAGAAUGUCGUCUUCUUUCUUAAAAUCUGGAUGUUCGCAGAUAGAAGGUUGCCUUAAACAGCGAAUGCAAACUCAACCAACUGCCAGUUUAGCACAACCAGCUACCUUAGCUCAAUCAGCUGUUUCAGCUCAAUCUGCACCCGCUGCUUUCGCUUCAAACAAGCAUGGCUCAGCAAUAAGCUCUGUAAAAUCAGUUAUUCCCCCUGGAACUCCUAAAAAACCUAAUGUUUCCUCUGUUUCUACCCAACCUGAUACAGGUGCUACAAGUGGACGUCAAUCUGGAGGUGUUAAGGUUGCUCCUAGGCGCGGGCGCGGUAUUUUAAAUCCUGCUGCCAUUGGAGGAGCUAGAAUUCCUCUAUGUGGUAACUGCAACUCGCAAGUCAGGGGGCCAUUCAUAACAGCUCUUGGAAAAAUCUGGUGCCCGAAUCACUUUAUUUGUUCCACUCCGUCUUGCAGAAGACCCCUUCAAGAUAUUGGAUUUGUCGAAGAACGUGGACAGCUGUAUUGCGAGUACUGCUUUGAGCAGUACCUUGCACCCCCUUGCUCCAAAUGCAGUGGAAAGAUUAAAGGGGAUUGCUUAAAAGCCAUUGGAAAAAACUUCCAUCCUGAAUGCUUCAAUUGCACGUACUGCGGAAAACUCUUUGGAAAUUCGCCCUUCUUUUUGGAAGACGGCAGCCCAUAUUGCGAAGCCGAUUGGAAUGAAUUGUUCACUACAAAAUGUUAUGCUUGUGCAUUCCCUAUUGAGGCUGGAGAUCGUUGGGUAGAAGCUCUUAGCAACAAUUAUCACAGUCAGUGCUUCAAUUGCACGAUGUGUAAGAAAAAUUUGGAAGGACAGAGCUUCUUCGCUAAGGGAGGACGUCCAUUCUGCAAAAACCACGCACGUUAA